AUGGCGUCCAUGAGCUUUAGCAGUGGCAAGCAGGUUGUCCGACCGCCACAACGAGGGAUAUUCCCGCUGGACCACUAUGCUGAAUGUAAACCACUUGUCCAGAAAUAUUUAAACUGUCUAAAAGAAUCCCAGGAUGUUCAUCACAAAUGCAAGGAAUUCUCCAAAGACUAUCUGCAAUGUAGGAUGGACAAGCAGCUGAUGGCCACCGAAAACUUGGACAAUUUGGGUUUCUCGCCUGAAGCUAAAGUGGAAGGUGCCAAGGAGUGCGACAAGUCUAAGGAAAAGAAUGGAUUCGUGGCCGGGAAACAUAUUGAUAAGGGAAGCAAGUGGUGGUUCCAAAAAUCCAAGAAAGAUUGGUCCGCGUAA